GCUCCACCAUCAUCACACUGAAGGUAUACGAGAGGCACCAGGAGACUAUAUUCCUCUAGAAUCAUGGACGGGACAAAGCCGGCCCUGGAGUCCACCGCGGAGGAGACCCCCGAGGAGGGACAGGAGAGCAAAGGAUGCUUCGAGUGCUGCAUCAAGUGUCUGGGCGGGGUGCCCUACGCCUCCCUGGUGGCCACCAUCCUGUGCUUCUCAGGCGUGGCCCUGUUCUGCGGCUGCGGUCACGUGGCGCUGACCGGCACCCUGACCAUGCUGGAGAACCACUUCUCCACGGUGACCAGCGACCACGCCACCCUGGCCCUGGUGAUCCAAAUCUUUCAGUACAUCAUCUACGGCGUGGCCUCCUUCUUCUUCGUCUACGCCAUCCUCCUGCUGGCCGAGGGCUUCUACACCACCAGCGCCAUCAAGAAGGAGCUGCAGAGCGACUUCAAGACCACCGCCUGCGGACGCUGCAUCACCGCCUUCUUCCUGUUCCUGACCUACAUCCUCUUCCUGGCCUUCCUGGCCAUCUUCGGCUUCACGGCGAUCCCGGUCUUCCUCUUCUUCAACAUGUGGAGCACCUGCGCCGCCAUGAGGUCUCCUGACGCCAACAUCACCGUGCCCGACUCCAUCUGUGUGGACGUCAGGCAGUAUGGUAUUAUUCCCUGGAACGCCACUCCGGGAAAAGCCUGUGGAGCGGCGCUCGGAGACAUCUGUAACACGAGUGAGUUCUACCUGUCUUACCACCUCUACAUCGUCGCUCUGGCCGGCGCCGGAGCCACCGUCAUCGCACUGAUCCACUACCUGAUGAUCCUGGCGGCCAACUGGGCCUACCUGAAGAGCGCCGUGUCCACGCACGAGUACCAGGACAUCAAGACCAAGGACGACGCCGACCUGGAGGCCGAGGCGCGCUCCAAGGACGGCCAGAACUCCUCCUCCUACUCAUAA